AUGGCUGAAGUUUUCAAAGUCGAAGAUCGUCGAGGCUGUGGUCAUUGGACGUGCAACAUCUUAUGGAUACUGGUCGGCGGCUGGGUCGCAGCUCUCUGGUGGCUCUUCUUUGGCUGUGUAUUCUGCAUCACUAUCAUUGGUAUUCCAUGUGGCCUGCAGUGCUUCAAAAUGGCUAAGUUGUCGUUCAUACCGUUUGGCUAUCGGGUUGAAGAGAAAGACAAUUCUGCCUGUUGCGCAUGCAACUGUCUCGGAAACUGUCUGUGGUUCAUUCCUGGUUUAAUUAUCGCUAUCUUCAAUAUAUUCUCGGCAGUGCUCUGCUUUAUCUCUAUAAUUGGUAUUCCAUUCGGGUUCCAGUACUGCAAGCUAGCUAGGCUGGCUUUCUCACCGUUUGGCCUCGAGGUUACUGCAGACAAGGUUGUCGCUGUGGAGGUGAUCAACGUCUAG